AGCUGUUAUAGGCAUUUCAUUCAGGAUAAGGUUCCUCCCUUAAUACAGCGUCGGAUUUGGGGCGGGGAGAGGAGGGAAGAUGCGUGGUUCUGCCAGCAGAGGGCGCGCUCCCAGCCACUUCGCCGCCUCCCGGCCCACCAAGGCUUCCAGGCUCCCAAGCUCCCACGCUUGCUCGCGAGCGCGCCCCCGCCCGCCGCGUCACGUGAUGCGGCCGAGGAACCUGAGCCGCCGGGCCUAAGCCGAGCUAAAUUCGUUGCGGGUGGCCGCUGCGGGUGCAACCACAAAGGCUAACCCGAAGGAGUGGGGAAGCUCGUGGAAUCGAUGCUUCCUUUUCCAAUUCAGAUCGGCUCCCGUUUCCUUCUCACCAUUCGCCGAAGCCGUCUCCCUGAGCGUUUGCAUGAACUCUUUCGUGUGGAGCAGCUCCGGUGACCAUGUAGGGGGAGAGAGUGAGAAAGCUCCAAGUACCGGGACGAGGUCAGCGCUGUCGGCACUCCGCCCCGGCUCCCAUCACACCCCCGGUGCGGGCCGCUGGGCCUGUCGGACCUGGUGAGAACUCCAGCCUCUAGUUGUGGCCUGGUCCCGAGUGCCGUGAAAUCUCGCGCCGCCUCGCGAGAUUCUAAGUUGAAGGAACAUGGCGACGUCUAAUCUCUUAAAGAAUAAAGGUUCCCUUCAGUUUGAAGACAAAUGGGAUUCCAUGCGUCCAAUUGUUUUGAAGCUUUUACGCCAGGAAUCUGUUACAAAACAGCAGUGGUUCGAUCUGUUUUCGGAUGUGCAUGCAGUCUGUCUCUGGGAUGAUAAAGGCCCAGCAAAAAUUCAUCAAGCUUUAAAAGAAGAUAUUCUUGAGUUUAUUAAGCAAGCACAGGCACGAGUACUAAGCCAUCAAGAUGAUACAGCUUUGCUAAAAGCAUAUAUUGUUGAAUGGAGAAAAUUCUUUACACAGUGUGAUAUUUUACCGAAGCCUUUUUGUCAACUAGAGAUUACUUUAUUGGGUAAACAGGGCGGCAAUAAAAAAUCAAAUGUAGAAGACGGUAUUGUUCGAAAGCUCAUGCUUGAUACAUGGAAUGAGUCAAUCUUUUCAAAUAUAAAAAACAGACUCCAAGAUAGUGCAAUGAAGUUGGUACAUGCUGAAAGAUUAGGAGAAGCUUUUGAUUCUCAACUGGUCAUUGGAGUAAGAGAAUCCUAUGUUAACCUUUGUUCUAAUCCUGAGGAUAAGCUUCAAAUUUAUAGGGACAAUUUUGAGAAGGCUUACUUGGAUUCAACAGAGAGAUUUUAUAGAACACAGGCACCCUCGUAUUUACAACAAAAUGGUGUACAGAAUUAUAUGAAAUAUGCAGAUGCUAAAUUAAAAGAAGAAGAAAAACGAGCUCUGCGUUAUUUAGAAACAAGACGGGAAUGUAACUCUGUUGAAGCACUCAUGGAAUGCUGUGUAAAUGCCCUGGUGACAUCCUUUAAAGAGACUAUCUUAGCAGAAUGCCAAGGCAUGAUCAAGCGUAAUGAAACUGAAAAAUUACACUUAAUGUUUUCAUUGAUGGACAAAGUUCCUAAUGGGAUAGAGCCAAUGUUGAAAGACUUGGAGGAACAUAUCAUUAGUGCUGGCCUGGCAGAUAUGGUAGCAGCUGCUGAAACUAUUACUACUGACUCUGAGAAAUAUGUUGAGCAAUUACUUACACUAUUUAAUAGAUUUAGUAAACUCGUCAAAGAAGCUUUUCAAGAUGAUCCACGAUUUCUUACUGCAAGAGAUAAGGCAUAUAAAGCAGUUGUUAAUGAUGCUACUAUAUUUAAACUUGAAUUACCUUUGAAGCAGAAAGGGGUAGGAUUAAAAACACAGCCUGAAUCAAAAUGCCCUGAGCUGCUUGCCAAUUACUGUGACAUGUUACUAAGAAAAACACCAUUAAGCAAAAAACUAACCUCUGAAGAAAUUGAAGCAAAGCUUAAAGAAGUGCUCUUGGUACUCAAAUACGUACAAAACAAAGAUGUUUUUAUGAGAUAUCACAAAGCUCAUUUGACACGACGUCUUAUAUUGGACAUCUCUGCUGAUAGUGAAAUUGAAGAGAAUAUGGUAGAGUGGCUAAGAGAAGUUGGUAUGCCAGCAGAUUAUGUAAACAAGCUUGCUAGAAUGUUUCAGGACAUAAAAGUAUCUGAAGAUUUGAACCAAGCUUUUAAAGAAAUGCACAAAAAUAACAAAUUGGCUUUACCAGCUGAUUCAGUUAACAUAAAAAUUUUAAAUGCUGGUGCCUGGUCAAGAAGUUCUGAGAAAGUCUUUGUCUCACUUCCUACUGAACUGGAGGAUUUGAUACCUGAAGUAGAAGAAUUCUAUAAAAAAAAUCAUAGUGGUAGAAAAUUACAUUGGCAUCAUCUCAUGUCAAAUGGAAUUAUAACAUUUAAGAAUGAAGUAGGUCAGUAUGAUUUGGAGGUAACGACGUUUCAGCUGGCUGUGUUGUUUGCAUGGAACCAAAGACCCAGAGAGAAAAUCAGCUUUGAAAAUCUAAAACUUGCAACUGAACUUCCUGAUGCUGAGCUUAGAAGGACUUUAUGGUCUUUAGUAGCUUUCCCAAAGCUCAAAAGGCAAGUUUUAUUAUACGAACCUCAAGUCAACUCACCCAAAGAUUUUACAGAAGGUACCCUCUUCUCGGUGAACCAGGAAUUCAGUUUAAUAAAAAAUGCAAAAGUUCAGAAAAGGGGUAAAAUCAACUUGAUUGGACGCUUGCAGCUAACUACAGAAAGAAUGAGAGAAGAGGAGAAUGAAGGAAUAGUUCAACUACGAAUACUGCGAACCCAGGAAGCUAUCAUACAAAUAAUGAAGAUGAGAAAGAAAAUUAGUAAUGCUCAGCUGCAGACUGAAUUAGUAGAAAUUUUGAAAAACAUGUUCUUGCCACAAAAGAAAAUGAUAAAAGAGCAAAUAGAAUGGCUAAUAGAGCACAAAUACAUCAGAAGAGAUGAAUCUGAUAUCAACACUUUCAUAUAUAUGGCAUAAUUUUGAACAUCAUGGACAAUAUUAAGAACCCAAAUUUUGGAGUGCUUGGGCAGAAAGUUGUAACAGCUUUUGCUGGGGGAAGGUUUAUUUGGACUUUGAUUACACAAAUAUUAAAAAUCUGCCUUACCUAACAAAACAACUAUAUUUUGCCAAUCACAUUAGUUAGCAUGAUGGCAUUCCCUUCAUGUUACACACUCUUUAACAGCAUGCUGUUUUGUGGAGACACUUGCAUUCAUGAAGAGCCCUUUAUGAACUUUUAAAAGUAAAUUGGACUUAUAUCCACCAGAAGAAACACAGUUGGGAAGGGUGAGGGUGGGGUUCUUACUGCUUUUUUUUCCCUCUCUUACAAAAAUGUACUUGCACAAGGAAGGAUCUUCAGAUAUUUGUGCACUGAAAAAUGCUGUUAUGUGUUGUUUUUAAAAUGCAAUUAAAACUAGAAAUAGCACUCUUGGUUUCUUUUGAUCAAAAGAGUGAGCUGGUCUACACAACAUUGGGAGAGGGCAGAUGUAGGUGAGAAGAUAAGUAUUUAAUAAGUAUCAAAUUAUUUGUUCAAACAUUGCUUCAGUAUAACUGGAUUUUAAUGGUGACCUCAAAAUAGUAUUAAAUUUUUCCAACUUACAAAUGUUGGUUUUCUUUAGUCAGGAGACUGCUGUUUUAGUUACUUGUUCUUAAAUGAUGAGUAUUUUUUAUCUUAUAUGGCUGGAGAGCUUCUUUUGCAAAAGUGAAACUUAUAUUGUUUCUUCAAUUGUUUAAAAAAAUGUAUGGAGAUAGGUCAUUUUGAUUGAAGAAUCAAAAUAGCAAAAUUCAGUGUGUUUACUAAUACAUUAUGCUCUCAUAUAAUAUACAGUUAUGAAACUGAUCCCUUAAUCUGUAGCACUGAAAUAUUUUGGUAUUUUAAAGUCUCUUGAUUAGGGAUUUGUAGGUUACCAGAAAGGAUGACCUUUUUCUGCUUUACAAAGUAGUCAGUAUCAUUUACCUAGGGAGAAGAGAAAAACCACAACAUAGGAAAGACCUGACAGGCAUAAGCAAAAUUGUUGCAGUCUUAAUAUGAGCAGUAAACUUGCCUA